AUGGAAGUAUCAGGAAAGAAACAGUUUAUGCCGAAAAGUACAACAUCAUCAAUAGGAUCUUCAGAAGGUCCUUCAUAUACAUGUCAGCCGUGCUCAUCUGAGGGCGAAGAUACAGAGGCCGAUGGUUUCUGUCAAAAUUGCCAGGAGUAUCUGUGCAGAACAUGUAUAAGAUAUCACCGUAAAACAACGUUAACCAAGCAUCACGACAUUCUGGAUAAAAAGAACAUGCCAGAAAAUGUUGUUCCACAGAAAGUGAAACAACUAUGCACAGUAACAUGCGAGAAACAUACAUUAGAGACUAUAAAGUUCUUCUGCAAGGAUCAUGACACGGUCGGGUGCGGUAAUUGCAUGGUUAUUGACCACAAGGCGUGCCAUGUUGACUUUAUUCCAGAUAUAGCAGAGGAUUUUGCCAAUGGGAAGGAGUAUAAAGAUCUUCUUAUCAAACUAGAAAAGCUUCAGAUCAAAAUCACCGCUAUGAAAGAAACGAUGGAAAAUGGAAAACAGGCUACUGUUGAAAUGUAUACAGUAGCUGUCAAAGAAAUUAAGAAAUUUCGAAAGGAGAUAGAGGUAUCUCUAGACCACAUGGAACAAAUUAUGUUAAAAGAAUGCGACCGGCUGAAGAGAGAAAAUGAAUUGGUAACGAGGAAAAGGGAAAAUUACAUUGGACUGUUUACAUCUGAACAAGACAAAAUCCAGGACCGUCUAACAAUACAAUCAAAGCAAACAGCAGAUUUAUUUGUACAAACAAAGCAAGCUAGAUCACGUAUGAAUCAACUUGAGCAAGACAUGAAGCGCGAAACAAACUGUACAUUAAAUCAGUACGAAUUUCAGCGUAACAGAGAGUUGGACGCCGUCAUUUCAAGAAGCAGUCACCUUGGAAAAUUCAUUUCCCAAACGUAUAAGUUACAGUUACCAAAAGGUAGGAACAUUGUUGAUUUUGAACCAGUGCGCGCAGGUGAAAUUUAUGUCAAAUCGAAUUCGGACAAUCAUGACAUAUGGAUUUCAAGCAUGAUUGCUAUAUCACCAGUCAUACUUUUAUGCGUAGAUUCUAAUAACAAUUCGGUUAAAGUGGUUGACACAGAAAAUCGUUGUCUUUGCUCGCAAAUAUACUUGACAUCUGGUCCAUGGGACAUCACUGCUAUCUCCAGCGAUCAAUUUGCAGUUACCUUGCCUCAUAUUAAGAGGAUACAGUUUCUUUCUCUCAAACACAAGGAACUGUCUACGAGUCACGCAAUUAAAGUCAAUGGAAAAUGUCGGGGAAUAGCUUACCACCAAAAUACACUGGCAGUGUCGUAUGUCCCACCUGCAAAACUUCAGAUCCUGAAUGUGGACGGAAAAGUUCUACGUACGCUUAUGCCAUAUCCCAAAAGCGAUUGUAAAUUACGUUGGCCAGGGUGUAUAGAUGUAGGUGCCGAUGGGAUUUGUUUGUUCGUGUCAGACCAUAGCGACAACUGCGUAUUGAAAAUGACGCUUGAUUGCAACUUACUUUCAACCUACAGAGACAUGAAUUUACUCGGUCCAAGGGGUGUAACAGUAUGCAAGGAUGGUUCAGUUCUUGUUUGUGGCCAAGAGGACAACGCUUUGCAUUUAUCAUCACCAGAAUGCAAACCCAUUAAAACUCUGCUAACCAAGAAGGAUGGAAUAAAGCGUCCACAAUCAGUGUGUUAUAAUGAUACAACUUCAACUCUUUAUCUGAGCAAUAUUGAUAACCACAUAUUUUCCGCUUGUGAUACGGAUAAUGUUAUUCUGGUAUACUGCCAAGCAUGA